AUGAUUCCUAGCAUCCUGGCCGAAGUUACAAAAUUAAUCAAAUUUUUAGAACGUAAAGGUAGUGCGAGAAAGCAAAGCUGUGGAUUUUUUUUAGCUAGUAGAAAUAUUUCAGUGAUAAUGAGCACAGACCCAAGCCAGUUGGCCGAGAAAGUCGAGAAGGUUGUCAUCGACGAGCCUGUGGAAGACGACGUUGCUGCCGAUGAGACUGCCGAGAAUGGAGACGGCGAAAAGAAGAAAAAGAAGAAGAAGAACAAUAAGAAAAAGAAGAAGGGUGGAAUCAACCAGUUCUACCCCGACGGUGUUUUCCCUGAAGGAGAAUGGCAAGAGUACACUGGGAGCGAGGAGAACUUGAAGAGAGUCACUGACGAGGAAAAAAGAUAUCUCGACCGCCAAAAUAACAACACUUGGAACGAGUUCAGAAAGGGAGCCGAAAUUCACAGAAGAGUCAGACAGACCGCGCAAAAGACCAUCAAGCCAGGAAUGACCAUGACCGAGGUUGCCGAGUCCAUUGAAAAUAGUGUCAGAGCUUACAGUGGUACGGACGACAGCUUGAAGGGCGGAAUGGGAUUCCCUUGCGGAGUGUCUUUGAACCAUUGUGCUGCCCAUUAUACUCCAAAUGCCGGAGACAAAACUGUUCUACAAUACGAUGACGUUAUGAAGGUCGAUUUUGGUGUCCAUGUUAACGGACACAUUAUAGACUGUGCUUGGACCCACACCUUCAACGAAAGAUACGAUCCUUUGCUGAAGGCAGUGAAAGAGGCCACAAACACCGGUGUCAAGACUGCUGGUAUCGAUGUCAGAAUGACAGACGUCGGUGAGGCUGUGGAGGAAGUGAUGGAGAGUUAUGAGGUCGAGCUCGACGGCAAGGUGUACCCAGUCAAGUGUAUACGGAAUCUGCAGGGCCACAACAUCAAGCCGUUCCAGAUCCACGGUGGAAAAUCCGUGCCAAUUGUGAAGAACGGUGACACCACCAAGAUGGAGGAAGGCGAGACUUUUGCCAUUGAGACUUUCGGGUCCACCGGUAAGGGAUACGUUGUUCAUGGCGGCGAGUGCUCGCAUUACAUGAAAAACCUGGACGCUCCAGCUAACGCUCCUAUCAGAUUGGAAAGAUCUAAGCGGUUGAUGCAAACAAUCGAGAAGAACUUCGGCUCGUUGCCAUUCUGUCGUAGAUACCUCGACAGAAUCGGUGAGGAGAAGUAUCUGCUUGCAUUGAACCAGCUGUGUAAGGGAGGCUUAAUCACCGAACAUCCUCCACUUGUCGACGUGAAGGGAUGUUACACUGCUCAGUACGAACACACAAUCCUGUUGCAUCCAACCAGAAAAGAGGUGGUUUCCAGAGGAGAGGAUUAUUAA